AGCCGCGUCCUUUAAAUACCAGGACCCCACUGUAGCUGCUGGUCUAUUUGGGAACAACUCAUCCAGAAUGUUGAAGCUAGUUUUACUUGCUGCAUUUGUCCUCUGUGGACAUUGCCAUGAUGGUGCUCAGUACAUGGAGGAUUCUGAGGAGAAUGCACGUGUAGUGGGAGGAACCAAUGCUGCCAAAAAUGCAUGGCCAUGGCAGGUAUCUCUCCAAUAUAUCUCUGGAAGCAGCUGGUACCACACCUGCGGAGGUUCCCUGAUCCGUGCUAACCGUGUCUUGACUGCUGCUCACUGCGUGGACAGGGUAGCCACCUAUCGUGUGGUGUUGGGAGAACACAACCUUAGCGCAAACGAUGGAACUGAACAGGUGAUCUCAGUGUCCGGAAUACGUAUUCAUGCUUCAUGGAAUACCAACAAUGUUGCUGCUGGUUAUGAUAUUGCCGUCCUCCAUCUGGCUGCUAGCGCAACUCUGAACAACUAUGUAAAAGUGGCUACACUACCAGCUAGUGGCGCUAUCCUGGCUAACAACUACAGCUGCAUCAUUUCUGGAUGGGGAAGAACCACCACUGGUGGAUCUCUGCCUUCCAUCCUCCAGCAGGCUCCACUGCCCGUUGUUGCACACGCAACUUGCUCUACCAGCUCCUAUUGGGGCAGCACUGUGAAGACCACCAUGGUGUGCGCUGGUGGCAAUGGAGUCCAGGCUGGUUGCAACGGUGAUUCUGGUGGACCUCUGAACUGUGCUGUCAGUGGUGUGUACCAGGUCCAUGGUGUCACUAGCUUUGUAUCUUCCGCUGGUUGCAAUGCUUACCUGAAGCCCACAGUGUUCACCAGAGUGUCUGCUUACAACUCCUGGAUCAGCAGUAACCUGUAAGAACAUCAGUCUAAGAACUAUUAAAGGAACAUAUCUGAAGACAUCCAUAAAGAUAAAAAUAUUGAAAGUUUCUGUCUAAAACCAAUUAUGUAAUAAAAUAUCCUUUUCCAUCUGCAAA